UUCUCCUCUGUCAAACGAAACGACAGUACACACCCAAGCCAGCCGGUGCGUGCAUGUGUAGUUACGCGAGGAAUCAAUCGAGGUAAUUAUACCCCGCGCGCGGCCUAAUCAAAGCCCAAAUUUAAGAGCCAUUGCUGCACGCAACGCAGCACGCCAUACCUUUGCCAUACCCUGCGUCCUCUGUGUUCGUCUUCUCCUCCUCCCGUGGCACCGCAACCGCAGUGGUAGUGCUACAGUGCCAAGCGGCGGGCGGGCGUGCGGGCUUCUCGUGGCCUCGACGCCUCGUGUCGUCUGAUCUGAGCGAGUAGAGCAAGGGGGCGGCAGCACGGAGGGGAUUCCCAUCGCGCGCGGGGGUCGCUGGCUGCUUCCUCGCUCGAAGCGCCGGGCGUCAGGGUUUACCAACAAAACUUUACCCAGCUAUGAUGAAUUAGCCGGAGAAUAAUCGAUGGCGACUGAGGUCGAUCAAACUUUUUUUGCGUGGUCACAAGGAGAAACAACUGACCUGGGUGUUUCUGAAGGAGUUUCUGUAUCCCAGACACUCAAUCAUGGUUCCGUGUCCUUCGGAAGGUUUGAACUCGAGUCACUAUCUUGGGAGAAGUGGUCUGUAUUUAGUAAUGACAAACGCCAUGAAGAGUUUGUUAAGUUCAAUGGUUUAGUAGCUCAGAAGAAGGCAUAUUUUGAAGAGUACUACAAGAAGAUCAGGGAACUCAAGGCUUCACAGCAGCAAAUUCAGCAAACUGAACUUACCUUGGAAUACAGUGGUGAUGGCAGCGAUUCUAGCCAAACGGAAGAUAUGCCGCAUGAAGAGCUUGAAACUCCCACAGGAUCUGGAACAAUUGUGUACGAUUAUGUGGAGGAAGCUGCACAUGAGACCACAUCUGAACAGGGCAUGCAAUGCUAUCAUGACCAUGAAGAUGAGGACUUCCGGAACGAACUUUCGUCAUCCAAUCUUGUUUCAGAAGUCAGAAUUUCGCAGCAAACCGACCAGGAUGGUAGAGAAAAUGCUCUUGGUGAUAAUUCAGAUUCGGCCAAUGUUGAAAAUGCAGGUCUUGGUCAUGAAGGUAUUGGAGCAGCUUAUGAAAAUGCAAGGGUUUCUAGAAGAAAUGCCGAGAAAGACCCCAGACUUAGAUAUGCUUCCUUGAUAAUACCAAAAUCGGUUAAAACCGUUGCAGGCAGCACUCUGGACCGCACAUCUGUUACUAAGACGCCUGGUUCAGCAAAACCUAGCAUGACUACAAACCAGAAGACUAAGACGAACAAUGCCCGUAGCUCGAGUGUGGCAUCUCAGAAGAUAACCGGCGCGACACGUACUCGCAGGAUUACAGAAAAAGAAGCUCCCGGGGUUACAGGUGUCAAAAGGCCUUCCUCAGCUGCCGGGCGCGUCACUUCUAUCGGAGAGAAGCAUCCCAUCACCAGGGCAACCGUUAAGAAGCCUGCUGAUGUCUCCACCCCAGGACGCCCUUCCUCUGCCGAAAGACGCCCUGUCACCAGAGAGCGUGCACAGAAGCAAGCCGCUGUCGCCACGCCAUGCCGGCCUUCCACCUCUGAAAGACGCCCCGUUGACAGAGGAAGUGCAGCAAAGCGUUCUGGUGUUGAGGGUACACGUCGGCCCUCUACAGGAGAAAGACGCUCUGUUACCAGGGAUAGUGCGAGAACUCCUAGCAAGACAGCAGGAUCAAGUGUGGCGCAUCCAAAGGUUAUGACAACCACUGUGAGCACUCUCAAAAGGCCAGCCCCUCUGAAUGCUACUACUAAAAGUACCAAGCCAGAGCCAAAAAGCAAUAUCAGAGGAUCGAAAGAUGCUUCAACAGUGUACAGUCACUUAACUAGGCCAGCAAGAAUGGACUUGCAAGUGGCCGGCAAACAAAAAUCAAGCUCGGUAAACUUGCCAGCAAGGAAAAUGCUGAGUUCCAGUGUUGGAGAAGCAACUUUUGCAAGGCUGAAAAAGAAAGAGGGCAUUCCGGCGACAGGGCAAUCUCGAGGAUCCACAUCGAAGAAAACAACUCCUUUGCAGACAGCAAACACCAAGUCCAGGGCACCAAACGUACGCCAUUCCUUCGUCAGCACACUGUCCAUAACCAUAUUGGCACUUCCCCCCACAAUCCUGAGAUUUCCAUUUGUUCGUAGUACUAUGAUGUGCAUCUUUAUACCUGACAUUUUAACCACUCGAUUUUGCAGCCACCGGCACCGCCGCCUCCACCACGUCGUCCGUCGAGAACAACGAGCAAACCAACUGUCAGCGGCUCAUCAGUUGGUGGAAGAAAGCCAAAGGCCUCGACACCACAAUGGCACUGAUGCAAAGGGAGCAUUCAAGCUAGUAGCCUACAUAAACGUGGAUCUGCGGAGCGCCGCACCGUCACACGCGCAUCUAAAAGCACCGCACGGGCUUUGCGUGCUAUCCAAUUCCUUAGUACGAUGUUUCUGCAUAUCGAUCAUUUCCAUCAAGCACCUCAUCGAUCUUCGUUCAGUUACAAGAGUAUCUUGUGUAGCUCCUACAUGUCUCAUAAGUCAUAUAUCACCAAUAGUGAAUAUGUACUUAGCCUCGUCGUCCAGGGGACUUAGAACAGUGUAUACUGUGUAUAUACAUCAAAUAAGUUAUGUUUUAGAUGAUGUAAGAUAAGAUUAGCCUAAAGGUCGUUAAAGUAAGAAAUGUGGCAUGCCCAGUGAACUUUAUAUGUGGUAUAUACAUAUAAAUUGGUCCUGAAGUCGUAUGUAGGCAUUUGUCA